UUCCGGUGAGUUGCCGGAAGUACACAUCUCGAGAGGGAUGGAACAGCUGGAAACAUUUCUAAUCUCCGCUUUUAUUAUAAUUCAGAAGUAAAGGCGUGUGUGGUGAUGUGUUAAUAACCAGGGCUCGCUGCGCUCCGGAUCCUCCGUCACCAGGCGGUUUACGGUUUUAUGGAGACAACCCUGUACCCUGGAAUGUACUCCGACAUCAUGGACUACGAGCUAGAAGAAGAUAAGCUUGGGAUUCCCACAGUUCCUGGAACAGUGACGCUGAAGAAGGAUGCACAGAACCUCAUUGGGAUCAGUAUAGGGGGCGGGGCUCAGUACUGUCCCUGUCUCUACAUUGUACAGGUUUUUGAUAACACUCCAGCAGCACUGGAUGGGACAUUAGCAGCAGGUGAUGAGAUCACGGGUGUAAACGGUAAACCGGUGAAGGGCAAGACCAAGGUGGAGGUGGCCAAGAUGAUUCAGACUGUCCAGGGUGAAGCAGUGAUACAUUAUAAUAAACUGCAGGCCGACCCCAAACAGGGCAAAUCCCUGGAUAUUGUGUUGAAGAAGGUGAAGCACCGGUUGGUAGAGAACAUGAGCUCAGGAACAGCAGACGCACUCGGACUAAGCAGAGCCAUCCUCUGUAACGAUGGACUUGUAAAGAAACUGGAGGAACUGGAGAAAACUGCAGAGCUGUACAAAGGGUUGAUGGAACACAGUAAGCGGUUACUCAGAGCAUUCUUUGAGCUCUCACAGACACACAGGGCGUUUGGUGAUGUAUUCUCUGUGAUUGGUGUUCGGGAGCCUCAGGCUGCGGCCAGUGAGGCGUUUGUGAAAUUUGCAGAAGCUCAUCGUAACAUUGAGAAAUACGGCAUCCAGCUGCUCAAAACCAUCAAACCUAUGCUGCAUGAUUUGAAUACGUACCUUCAUAAAGCGAUUCCAGACACCAAGCUGACCAUCCGCAAAUACCUUGAUGUCAAGUUCGAGUAUCUGUCAUACUGUCUGAAGGUGAAAGAGAUGGAUGAUGAGGAGUACAGCUGCAUCGCACUGGGAGAGCCACUGUACCGGGUUAGCACAGGGAAUUAUGAGUAUCGUCUGAUUCUGCGCUGUCGACAGGAAGCUCGUUCUCGAUUCGCUAAAAUGCGUAAAGAUGUUCUGGAGAAGAUUGAGCUGCUCGACCAGAAGCACGUUCAGGACAUUGUAUUCCAGCUGCAGAGGUUCGUCUCGGGGAUGUCACGUUACUACGAUGAGUGUUACGCUGUGCUGAAGGAGGCCGACGUCUUCCCCAUCGAGGUGGACCUCUCACGCACUACCCUCAACUACACCGGUCCAAACUACGAGGACGAGGAUGAGGAGGGCGAGGAAGAGCGGGAGGAGGAGAAGAGUGAACAGACCGAGAAUGGAGCGGAGAAACUGAUCGAUGAUGAAUGAGUGAAGAACAGUGUGGGGGGGGGAGAGAUGUACUGAGGCAGAACAGUUGUAAAGAGUGUGUGUUUGUUAUAUUUUCUCACAUUCCUGCUGUGUGUGCGUUUAACUGUAAUCACAGACGAGGUAAUGAGCAACCCUUCAUCCAUGACGCUAACAAUUAAUCAGUCAGGACAUACAUGUCCUAAAUCCCUGUCCCACCCUGUGGAGCUUACUCAUUCCCUCACUCUGCCCUGCUGGACCACACCACCUUCUCUCACAGGCCAUGUGCUGCACUGACAGACAGUUAGGGAUGCAUCAGUACCGCUGGUUUUAGUGAACUGGUACUGAAAUUAGUAACUCAGCAUUAAUGAGUCAGGGACGGCACUGAACAUUGUACAGAGCUGUGUGUGUUGGCGUAGAGCAAUGCCACUGAGCAUGGGCAUUAAAAAAAAAAAAACCACGAGUGUGUGUGUGCUUUUAGAACUGAGGUGCUCUCAGGUGCAGCUGGCCACGCCCACUGACACUCCUCCCACUUCUUCCCCAGUCUGGCUAUUGAUGCGUCCUUCCAGUGUGAGAUUUGGGAUGGAACCUCACUCACACUGCAGAAACUGAAGUUUGCAGAAAACACGUUAAAUGGUUGUGUUCAUUUCCUAAACUGGGAUGCACCACGAAAUGACUUUCUCUCUCUAUUUCUGUCUGUCAGUUUGACACCAGCAGCUCCAGGAAGGUGGUCUGUGUUUCCCAGCUCUGUCCUCUCGGUCCUGCUCAUGGGCUUUGUUCCGAAUGUCAGCAUACCCUAGUGUACUGUAUGCAGUAACCCUAAAGAGGGUCGUGUCCCCCGGGUGGAGGAGGAUGAGGUGUUGGCUCUGCACUGUUUGGGACGCAGGGCUGGGUGUAAAUGGCUUUGUCCAUGUACAGAUUUAGAACAAUGGGUUAUCAAUUUCAGAAUGAACAUCAGCGCUUUAAUUCCUCUUUACUGUGUUGAAAUCAGUCUCUAUUAUUAUUAUUAUUAUUAUGGGUUUAUUUUCUCUCUGCUGAUUCCUGUGCCCUAUCCCUUGUUUAUGAAAUGUUUAUUUCUGAUCUUUGUGUCUGAAUGUUACAGGUAUGAUGUUACUGUAAUGGAAAACAUGCUACUGAUUUAUGAAAAGUUACAAUUCUAUAAGAAAUUAAACACAUUCAUGGCAAA